AUGUCUGACGAUAUAGUUUGGCAAACCAUUAAUCAUCAAUUCUGUGCUUUCAAAGUAAAGACAGACAAGGGACAAAAUUUCUGUCGUAAUGAAUAUAAUGUUUCUGGGUUAUGUAAUAGGCAAUCAUGCCCCCUUGCCAAUUCACGUUAUGCUACGGUUAAAAAUGUUGGUGGGAAAUUAUAUCUUUAUAUGAAAACUGCUGAACGAACUCAUAUGCCAAAUCGAUGGUGGGAAAGAAUUAAAUUAUCGAAAAAUUAUAACAAGGCAUUAAAACAAAUAGAUGAACGAUUACAAUAUUGGCAAAAAUUCUUAAUACAUAAAUGUAAACAAAGAUUCACUAGAUUGACUCAAGUUGCUAUUACUGAAAGACGAUUGGCAUUACAAGAAGGUGAUAAUGAAAGACAUUAUGUCGGAGUUAAAAAUAAAGUUAAACGAAGAGAACAAAAUCGAGAAAGAAAGGCAUUAGCUGCUGCUAAAAUUGAAAAAGCUAUAGAAAAAGAAUUACUUGAAAGAUUGAAAAGUGGUGCAUAUGGUGAUAAACCUUUGAAUGUUGAUGAAAAUAUUUGGAAGAAAGUUAUGGGUAAAGUGGAUGAUGAACAAGAAGAAGAAGAUGAAGAAGAAUUUGAAGAUGACAUAGAUUUGGUCAGUGGAGAUGAAGAUGAUGAAAGUGAUGUUGGUGAAGUUGAAUAUGUAGAAGAUUCUGGUGAUGAUGAAUUGUUAGAUAUGGAAGAUGUUGAAAAAUGGUUAGGUGAUUCUUCCGAUGAGGAAGAUGGUGAAUCAUCAUCAUCAUCAUCCGAAGAGGAAUCAUCAGACGAAGAAGAAUCAGGAUCAAGAAAGAGAAAAUCCGAAUCUGAUGAAAAGGCAAAGAAGAAAAAGAAGAGAAGACCAAGAGUGGAAAUCGAAUACGAACAAGAAGAAGAACCAUUGCAUACCAAUAUUGCUGUAUAG